AUGGAGCGAGUCUCAUCCUUCCUCAGCAAUCGUUCGUCCAGAUCCAACUCUGCCACAUCCAACACCAUCCUCCACGAGAAGUCCGAACUCCCACCACCUUCCCAACACAAGAAGACCAAACUCCGAAUGCGCGCGUUACUCGGACACUGCCUUUACAGGCGGGUGACGCUAUGGAGCGUCCUCAUCUUGGUCAUCAUGUCCAUGGUCCUGCUGAAGACAGCCGUCCACACUAAGAACGGCAGGGUCGUAGGCGGCGACGGGUUCCUCAGCGGUAACAGCCCUGAGGAGCAGAACACCAACCACCCCGUCUGGAUUGGCUAUAAGCAUCUCAAUGGCUACUUCAACGGCCUCAAGUCGCUCGUUCCCGUGUCCAACCACACGGCGGAGUGGCCCAACCCCAAGUACAAGGAACCCAUCACGGAGGUCACCCUGACCCACGAGACGGCGCCUCUUCCCAAACCGUACAGGCCUCAGCCUGAUUACGAGUCGGCCGCAUACCUCGCUGCCCACCCUCGCGUCAACGAGUGCUUCUUGGACGAGAAGAAGACGCCUGUGCCCGACACCUGGGCUUUCCAGGGCCUGCCUCAGUCAAUGCCCGACCCGGCUCUCGGCGACUACAACAUCCUCGGUAUCCGCAAUGAUAUCUGCUUCGACCGCUUCGGUCGCUAUGGCCCCUAUGGUCUCGGUUACAGCGCCCAGGAGGGCGGCACCGGCGAGGGCUUGGACACCGAACGCUCCGGCUCGGAAGUUGUCUGGUCGAAGACUGGUAAGAUCGACUACACCAACGUCGACUGGGGUGAUGCUCAGGAGCGCUGUGUCGCCCGCAACCAGCACCGUUUCGUCAAUGAGACGGAUGAGGUCAGGGACCCGACCCUCGGGCCUGCCGAGGGCAUUCAGAAGCUUGAGCGAACUGCUGUCCUCGUCCGUACCUAUGUUGGUUUCCGUUGGACUCAGCAUGUCAUCCUCAACUUCCGCGCCAUGAUUGCUGAGCUUGCUCUCAAGUCGGGCGGCGAGUACACCCUUCACUUCCUCCUUCAUGUGAAGAACCUCGAUGCUCCCAUCUGGUCGGACCCUUCCGUUGUCCAGGACAUCCUCGACGCCAACGUGCCGGCCGAGUUCCACACCAUUUGCACCCUCUGGUCUGAGGCUCAGAUGCGUCUCUACUAUCCUGGCACCUUUUCCGAACCCUUCGAAAACCCCUCGAACCGCGACAUUCACGGCGUCUACCGUUCUGCGCACAUGCCAAUGCAGAUUUUCGCCCUGCAGCAUCCUGAGUACGCUCACUUCUGGAAUUGGGAGCUCGACAUGCGUUACACUGGCUCCUACUAUGAGCUGUUUGACCGUGCCGGCAGCUGGGCCAAGAAGCAGUCGCGUCAGCUCUUGUGGGAGCGCUCGGCCAAGUACUACAUCCCCGCUCUCCACGGCUCUUGGGAAGACUUUUCUCGCCGCGUUGAGCAGGAGUCGAUCGCCUCUGGUCGUAAGCCCGUCAUGGGCCCGGUUGAGUUUGCCGGCCGCCAGACCAUCUUUGGCGAGACUGGUGUUGGCCGUCGCGCCAGCAUGAUGCCCGCCAACUGCGAUGACACAAAGCAUGCCCCCGAAGAGUGCGGUGUCGGCGAGGAGGCCGACAUCAUCACUCUCAACCCCCUCUUCGACACCGAGGACUCUGGCUGGGUCUUCUCCAAGGAUGUCACGGGCUACAACACGCGCCUUCAGAUUCCUCCCCGCCGAUGCGCUAUCGUCACCGCUUCCCGCCUUUCGCGCCGCCUUAUCCUCGCUAUGCACGAGGAGACGUGGCGUCACCACCACAGCAUGUUCUCCGAAAUGUUCCCCCCGACUGUUGCUCUGCACCACGGUCUCAAGGCUGCGUACGCCCCCCACCCUGUCUACCUCGACCGUGGAUGGCAGUACGAUCAGAUCGAGGCUGCCUUCAAUGGCGGCCGCGAUGGCACGUCAGGUGGCCCUGGCAGCCCCUUCGAUAUUGAGAACGAGCACAACCACAAGGGCACUAGCUGGUACUUCAACUCUGAGUUUGCCGGACUUACAUGGCGCCGCUGGCUCGGCUACGCCCAGAUGGAUGGCCGAACCAAUCGCGCUGGUGAGGGAACGAUGCGUGGUGGUCUCCAGGAGGAGUCCUCGGCGAUGAGUUCCGGCCGCAUGUGCUUGCGCAGCAUGCUGGUGCAUCCCAUCAAGUUCGAGAACCCAGAUGAGCGCUCAUAG